CAUGGAUCAGAAGACUCAAAAUCACAGCUAACAUUGACAUGGGGUCUAUCUGGAAAGACAAGAAAGUUAAUGGUUUUAAGUUGAUGAGAUUAAUUGUUGAUGUUGGUGGAGAAGCUUUAAGAAUAACAUUGAGGAAACAACUGUCAGCAUUGGUAGGAGAUGAUAUUAAUAGAAUCAAAGCUUUUGGACAUGGACUUACUUCAGUUUCAGAAGAAGAUGUUUUGACAAAAUACCUUGUUAGCUGUAACUUUGAAAGUGAAAUUAGGCAUCAUAAUAAAAAAUACUUAAAUGGAACACGUGAAUGGAUUUUUAAAGAGUUUUCAGAUUGGUUCAAAGACGACACUUCUCAAAAUCGUGCAUUUGUUAUUUCGGCUGUUGCUGGUAUGGGUAAGUCUGUAAUUGCAGCCACUUUAUGUAAACGUUUUCCUCAUUACUUGACUGCAGUUCAUUUCUUUCAACACAACAACAGUCGUUACAAUAAAGCCAAUGUACUUCUUCAAUCUUUAGCGAUGCAAAUUAGUCGUAAGUUUCCUGCUUACAAACAACUUCUUGUGGAAAAACUUUCAGGUCAACUCUCUGAGCCUUUGAAUAACAUGAAUGUGGAAGGAUUAUUUUCCCUUCUUUUUAUUGAGUUGUUUUGUAAUAUCUCAGAAGUUCCCAAGCGAAUGUUAGUUGUGCUUGAUGCCCUUGAUGAAUGUGGUUAUUCAGAAAGAGAUGACCUUGCUAAUUUGAUUGCUAAUCACUUGCACAAACUUCCGAAUUGUUUUCGCUUUGUAAUUACAACCAGGCCUAACGAAGUUUCUUUAAACAAGUUUGAAAAAUUAACUCCACUAUUCAUUAAUUGCAAAGAUCAUCGCAAUUUAGAGGAUAUUAAAUUCUUGAUUGAAGAAAGAGUUGGCUCAACCGACAGCUUUUUUGAUUUUAAAACUAUUUUGGCAAAAAGAGCUGAAGGACUUAUGCUUCUUGCGUCGCUUCUUACCAGUGACGUCAAAAAACAGGAACUAUUGAUUGGAUCCUUACCAAAGGAUAUUGAUGAGUAUUAUGAAACUUGCUUAAAAAGAUUGGGUAAUGAAUUAAAGCCUUUAGGUAUCACUGACGAAAAAUUUCUGUCAGUUUUGGAUGCAUUAGUUGUUGCGAAAGAACCUCUUCCUUGGGAAAUGAUUUUGGAUGUACUUUGUUUAAAACACACCUCAUAUAGGAUAGAAAAAAUUAUCUCAUGCCUGUUUGUUAUCAAUGCAGAAGGAUGUGUUUCAUUUUUUCACAAAUCUUUAAGUGAUUGGUUGUUGGGUGAUCGAAAACAUGAUUACUCAGUAAAAACUUCUCGUGGUCAUCGACUUGUUUUAGCAUUUUGUUUAAAAUCUUUGGAUAACCUCAAAGCUGAAGGUGUAAACUAUGACGUCAUCAAACAUGUGUCAGUGAGGUAUUCAGUCAAGUAUUGGUUGCUUCAUUUACUUGAUAUUUCUGAUAAUGAUUAUAUCGUUGAAAAUGUUGGUAAAUAUCUUGUUGAAUUGGAAGUUUUAGUUGCUUCUGUGUUGGUUGACUUUCGUCGUACUUUUGAAAAUUUUAAAUCAUUCAACGCACAUGAUGUGUACUUUCUUAUUUCUGAGGAUAUUCGAUUGUUAUUUAAUGAAGUUUACUCUGUAAUGACGUACUCUGUACCCUCUGACAAUGAAGUAAUUUUUUUGCAAUACGUUGCAAACGAAGUCAAAGAUCUGUCGUCUCAAGCGACCACAAUGCUUCAAACACGUUUCAAAGAUUUACCAUAUCUAGAGUACAGAGACAUGGGUUUUGUAAAGGCUCGAUUAUUAAGUUUAUAUCAAAAUUUGAUUUCUGUUGAUGUUUCACGAAAUCAUGAUUACGUUGUCUGUGGUUAUAGAGGAUUCGUCGUGCAACUUUUUUCAUUGAGAACAAACAAAUGUUUAUGGAUAGAAAAUAUUGCUGGUGAGCUUAAGCAAUAUGAAAAGAAAGAAUUUUGUGUUGUCUUUCAUCCAUUCGAAGAUUUGAUUUUUGCUUCCCAGCUUCAUAAGAUAUUAGAUAUUAAUGGUAAAAUUUCCUCCAGUCCGUUCUAUUGUGAUGAUUCUACUUCUAAGUUCUUUACCAACAAAUGUUUUUCUAAGGAUAAGUACACAAUGGUCACUUGUUACAAAGAUACUUUGACAGUAUGGGACGUUGAGAAAGGUGAGAAAAAACGCAGUAUUAGAUGUAAUAAUGUGAUCUUUCUGCGUUUUUCUAAUUCUGGAAGAUAUUUGUGUGUUGUUGAGGAAAAAAGAGAGAUUCAAAUAUUUGAUGUAGCGAAUAAUUAUAAAACAUUCGUUUACGACGAUCAUUUACCGUCUGAUUUUUUAAUUGAGUAUGGUGUUCUGCUCCCUGUUGGUCUUCAUUCUUGGUGUUGUUUAUGGCCUUUAUCAAGGAGGAAACGUUUCAUUGUAAAUCCCAAUGGAAUGUUUUGUUAG